AUGCUACACCGUUUUGCGCGUGUGCCAUUCAGGUCAGAGGAAGCUACUGAACAACAAAAAACGACCGGGGAAGCUUGGGCGAAAGCCUCGAUCUGCUACGAUUCUGCCUUUUCGCCUUCGACAUCAAAACCUGAUGCAAUAGAUGCUGAACUACAAACAUUUGUCCAGAUGCUGCAGCAGCGCGCCGGGUUUCAAAGCAAAAUCAGUCACCUGACUUCCAUUUGCUGGGAUAAAUGCGUCUCCGGGUACCCUGCCGCCAAAAUGGACGGGAAGAAAGAAAUAUGUCUACAAAACUGUGUUGACCGUUAUAUGGAUGUUUCAGUCCUACUGCGCACCCGGUUUCAAGACAUGCUGUCCAAGCUGCAGCCUCAGUGAUAUAGUCGUUUGUUUCAAUACCUGCUCAAGGUUACCUAGGUCUUUUGAUCAGAUUACGGCAGUUACUCAUUCUAGGGUGUGAGUUUAAUGCGGACUGUCCUUUUGUACAGUUCAAUCAUGUUUUCGUCUACUUCCAUUUCCCUUAUUGGUC